GCUCUUGUGCCCACUCCUAUACCUGCACCUACCCAUGUGCCAAUGCCAACUAUAGCACCCCGAGCGCCCAUGUCCACCUCUCGACCAGCUCAUGCACCCAGGUCAACGUCCACGACGCCUGUGCCAGUGCCCGCUGCGCAUGUGUCUGUGGCGCCCAUACUUGCCUUGCUUGUGUCUACUUCACUCACACCACCUUUGCCCUCCAUCCCUCUUCAAUCUAACCCUCUCAAGGAAUGGAACAAAGGGAAAGGAGGAGGGACCUAUUUAUAG